UUGAAGGGAUCUAACUAUGCUGGUCUGCUGGAGCGGCAUCGCAUUCAUACAAAAAAUGUGGAACAUAUUGUGGACAGUUUACGGAGCGAGAGGAUAGAAGUUCGCCUGGUUAAGCGUCGCGAGUACAACGAAGAGACCGUUCGGUGGGCAGACGCUGUUGUGUCAGCAGGAGGUGAUGGCACAAUGUUGUUGGCAGCCAGCAAGGUCUUUGAUAAAUUUAAACCAGUUAUUGGAGUAAAUACUGAUCCUGAAAGAUCAGAGGGUCACUUAUGCUUGCCUGUGAGAUAUACACACUCAUUUCAUGAAGCACUACAGAAGCUCUAUCGUGGUGAGUUCAGGUGGCAGUGGCGGCAAAGAAUCCGACUGUAUCUUGAAGGAACUGGUAUUAACCCAGCCCCUGUAGAUUUACAUGAACAGCAGCUGAGCCAAGAGCAACACAGCAGGGCUCACAUAAAUGAAAGAAUCCAGGAUCAAAGAUCUGAUAUUUCUGGUCCACAUCUUUUACCAGUGAGAGCACUCAAUGAAGUCUUCAUUGGAGAAUCUCUUUCAUCCAGGUAUGCUGUGUGUUCUGUCUUAUUCAGGGAGAACUUUAAGUCCUGCAAACCCAGUUUUAAAUUCUCGCUUCAUAGGGCCUCCUAUUAUGAGAUAUCAGUUGAUGAUGGUCCUUGGGAAAAACAGAAGAGUUCAGGGCUUAAUGUGUGUACUGGAACAGGAUCAAAAGCAUGGUCCUAUAAUAUUAACAAGGUAGCACAUCAAGCUGUUGAAGAGAUCCUUAAGAUUGCUAAAAAGCAUGGAAAUCUGAAUAUGCCAUUGAACAUGGAACUAGUACAAAAAGUAACAAAUGAUUACAAUGAGUCCCUACUUUACAGUCCAGAAGAACCAAAGAUGUUUUUCAGUAUUCGAGAACCUAUUGUCAACAGAGUUUUCUCAAGUAGCCGUCAGCGUGGCUUCUCUUCAAAAGUCUGUGUCCGUUCCCGGUGUUGGGAUGCGUGCAUGGUUGUAGAUGGAGGAACAUCUUUUGAGUUCAAUGAUGGAGCAAUAGCUUCAAUAAUGAUCAACACGGAGGAUGCACUGUGCACUGUUCUGCUGGAAGAAUGAAGGACUCUAGUGUCUUCUGCUGAAACAAUUCUGGAUCCAGAGAGAAAACCCCUGGAAACAGACAGCACAUCACAGUGGUGCAUUAUGUCAGAAGUUGGCCUUUUUGGAUGCAAGAGCAUUUG